GAUUAAUCUUUAAAAAUCUAUCCGCGCGUUCCGAGAUCAAGCGCGUAUAUUUUUAGUGUUAUUUGUUUUUAUACGUGUAGACAUUAGCACAUGUUGGUCAAUACCUUACAGAUGGUCAAAGUUACAGAUACUUCCGCAUGAGAUUUGAUUUGAUUGCCAUGGUUGUUUUUAUUUUUUCAUGUCAUGUAAUUGACCAUAAUGACCAUAAUUACCAUAACAAAUAUUAAGCGUCACAGAGAAAGAACGACGUCUUUAUCGCGCGAAACAACAGGAUUGCAACAGUCAUGAAACGAGAAAGGAGAUUAAUUUUAGACUACAGAAGACAGUUGAAGAUGCUGUAAAUAGGAAUACCUGGUCUCGGGACACUGGUGUCAAACAUAUUAUUCAGUGAGUGGUUUACUACGGUCUUACAAACAGAGACCAUAUGCCAUGCCCUCUUCAGCCCGAUAAAGCACCAUAUGGCCCAGGCGUCGCGUUCAGUCCUGUCACAAUCCGAUUAACCUGAUGAGUGUUGAUAAACAGGAGCCGGUCAUGAACACGUGCAAUGGCUAGAAGACUCGAGCGAGGAUAGAGCAGAAGUACAGUGUCAUGGAGGAUGCCCAGUCCAGACCCCAUUCAGCCCACUCCACAUACUCACAGAGGACCGAGGAUGCAGCCUCCGCUUUGGGAAAUCAUGCAGAACAUCACCUUACCGUCAGUCAGACAGUGCUGGUGGUUCCGAAGCGCUCAGAGAGCCCCAAUCCGAGUAUGACAGAAGAGACUACUUAUGUCCCUCGACCGGUGUCUUCAGUUGACGCUUGCACUAACACAGACCCUCCCUACGAAUGCUGCCCAUGGCUGCGCAGACUGUGCCCGUGUCCACCCAGAGGCCUGCUGGCCACCAUUAUCACCAAAGUGUCCAUGGCCGCAGUGCUCUUUGGGGUUGUAUGGUCCAUUACAGAGAAGGAAUGUCUUCCUGGCGGAAACCUCUUUGGCAUCGUGACCUUGUUUAUUUGUUCUGUGGCUGGAGGAAAGCUGUUUGGACUCAUACGCUUUCCGAACAUGCCCCCUUUACCUCCACUACUUGGCAUGCUGCUGGCAGGGUUUAUCCUCAGAAACAUCCCUGUGGUGACAGAUGCAGUUUACAUUGACGUUAGAUGGUCUGCUUCUCUGAGGAACAUUGCACUGGGUGUCAUUCUGGUCAAGGCUGGGCUGGAAUUAGAUGAAAAGGCUCUGAGGAAGCUGAAAACCGUGUGUUUGCGUUUGUCCUUGUUCCCUCUGACCUUUGAAGCAGCCACUAUGGCUGUGGUCUCCUAUUUAAUAUUGGGUCUUCCGUGGAUCUGGGGCUGUAUUUUAGGGUUUGUUCUCGGGGCUGUUUCUCCUGCUGUUGUGGUUCCGUCUAUGCUGCUUCUGAAUAAGCAGGGAUACGGUGUAGAGCAGGGUAUACCUACUCUUCUUAUGGCAGCAUGCAGCGUUGAUGACAUCUUCGCCAUCACCUGUUUCACAACCUGCUUGGGUAUAGCUUUUGCCACAGGCGCUGUGUGGGUAAAUUUACUGAGGGGACCUCUAGAGGUAUUAGGUGGGGCGGUCACUGGCGUGGCCUUAGGGUACUUUCUCCGUUACUUCCCCAGCAGGGACCAGGGAAACCUCGUGCUGAAGCGUUCCUUCCUGGUGUUGGGGCUGGCCGUGUUUGCUUUGUUUGGCAGUAAUGUGGCUGGGGUUCCUGGUGCAGGAGGACUCUGUACGCUAGUGCUGACGUUUGUGGCCGCGGUAGGCUGGGGGAAAGCUAAGGCUCCAGUGGAAGUGGUGGUGGAGAGGUUUUGGCAUGUUUUCCAGCCUCUUCUCUUUGGUCUCAUCGGUGCUGAGGUUAUCAUUACUUCUUUGGAGGUCACGACUGUGUUUCUGGGUAUAGCAGCCCUGUUCAUCGCACUCACAGUACGCCUGAUUGUCACUUUUGUUGUGGUACUGCGAGCCGGCUUUAACCUGAAAGAGAAAGUCUUCAUCGCUCUAGCCUGGAUGCCUAAAGCCACAGUACAGGCUGCCAUUGGCUCUACAGCUCUGGACAUGGCACGCACCAAAAAUGACGUUGAACUUCAGAGGUACGGCAUGGAUGUACUCACCGUGGCUGUGCUGUCCAUCCUCAUCACUGCUCCUAUUGGAGCGCUCCUCAUCAGCCUGCUCGGCCCUCGACUCCUGCAGAAACCAAAGAACCCUGAGUGGGCUGUCAGUCAAGGUGCUCUGUCGGCUUCAGGGACCCCGGUGACAUAUGAGAGCGCCCUGUGAUGUUUCCGGAGUGCUUCUGGGAAGCGACAACCCAACGUCCAAGGCUGCUCAUCAUCCUUUUUGUCUUCAGAGUGGAUUCUCAAACUCCUUAUUACCGCGACCCACUGAAGUCAGACUGUAGAAGUGGCAGACACACUUUUCAGAUGAAAGAACCCAACUGAAAAGACUCAAGUCACUCGCAAUAUUGCUUUUACAGGUGACAAGUUAUUAUUCUCCUCCAAAAGGUGGGGUUUUGACGAGAUACAGAGAACAUUGUUAGCUCUAUCGGGUACAAAAACAUGUUUGCGAAUAUUAUUUUUUCUAACUGGUUUGUGUUUGUGUUUAUAGUAUUUGUUACGUUAGAUAUAUGACAAAGGAGUCUGCAGCGACUGCGUGUAUCAGUGUUACAGGAAGUGGUCAGUGCUGUCAUGACUGCGUUCAGAAUGGAAUACUAGCUUACUAUUUAAUGAACACUGCAUUAUAUACUGUACACAGCUUUCUGUAUUUUUAUAUAUUUAUAUUCACAGCCUGUCUAUAAUAAUAAAGUAUAAUAUAAUAUUAAAUGGUACUCAAA